UGAUCCCCGACAAGCAAACUGUGAAAAAUGACUGAAAACAGAGAAAACUGCAGCAGAACCUGAGUGUGACCAGUGUGGAUUACACAGCAAAACUCAGAGGUAACUGACGCAGACUGAUGACCUCACUGGAUAUGUGGGCGUCACCGCUGACGUCUUUACUGCGCGACUCGAGCGGGUAAUUUUGAAAGCAGCGCCGUUGUUGUUGUUGUUGCGGGGAGACUUUUACCUGAGGAACCAAGUGAAUCUUUAUUUUUUACCAGGCUGGUUUGAGCAUGAACGAAGCCGGGAUGACUGAAGCGACCAGCGGCCCGCGGCCGAGGCGGUCUCCGCGGCUCGUUUCUCCACAAGCGGCUCCGCUGGAAAGCGACAACAAAAUGGCGCUCGGAGCUAAGCGGCUCAUCACCGUGAGGAAGAUAGCGCCCAGAAAAACAGCAGCUCCYUCAGAACACGACAAGGAGAACACACCGAACCGAGCAGAACCCAACCAGGACAACACACCGAACCGGUCAGAACAGCACGUCCAGCAGAAAAAGCAGAAGCUCGGAACCCCGGACCCGGUCUCGGGCCGCAGGCCUUCGCCCUCCUCUGCUGGCCGGAAGAAGCAGCAGCCGCAGGCCCACGUGCCCUCCCCGAUACUCCCCUCGACCCCACCGGUGUCCUCCCGGACCCAGCUGCCGGCUGCAGACCCAGAGGACCCGGUGUGGGCCCAGAAGGUCCGCCGGUCCUACACCAGGCUCAGCGACCGGUCCGUCCACAGCCCCGAGCCAAGAGAGACUUUAUUCGGCUUCGAGAGGCUGAAGACCCCGGAGGUAGCCUCGAGCAGGACCGAACAGUCCAGGACCGCUCUGGAGGGUUCUGGGUCAUCGUUCACGUCUCUGCUGGAGGCCGAGGAGUGCUGCACCGAACCGGACCCGAACAUCCCCGGGGUGGCGGUGGUGAAGGAGCGGAGGAGGAGGCGGAAGGUGCCGCAGAUCAACCCGGAGGAGCUGGACGCUCUGGCGGCCAGGAUGAACCAGGAGUUCCGGGAGGCCGAGGAGUUCGAGCUGGUGGUGGAGUAGGAACCGAACCGAGCCGGGACAGAACCUGUGUCUCAGACUGUGGAAGUGUAAUCAUGUUUGUGUCGGUUCUGGACGGGUUUAAAGCCCAGACUGAUGUUCUGUUGGACUCAACCUUUAGAUUCAGUUAAUUUUAACACGUUGAGACAAAUAAAGAACUUUUUAACAGAACCUGUUCUGUUUGGAUCAACUGGAUUAUAAUCUGUGUUAAUCUGGUUGUUACUCUUUCAUGUUGAUAAUCUGAGCUGUAAUCUGUAAUCUGACAGAUUAAAGGUUGUAAAUGAUCA